AUGUUGUCAUAUAUACAAACAUCAAGGAGAUUAUAUUCAUCCAUUCCCAAUGCGAAACCUCUUUUGCUAGAUAUUCUCCCUUCAAAGAAAAUGAUUUCCAGACUACUGUUCGAUUAUGAUGCACGUUACAACUUUAAUAAAUACUUGCCGGUAAUCGAAUCUAUUUACGACAAUGAAUGUUCUGAUUAUGCAAAUAUACCUGAAAAGUUUAAAGGGAAUGAUUUGCUUGUUUUCCAAAGAGUUUUGGCUCAAAUCAGGAAGCAAACUCAUACUAUCAAUCCACUACUAUUAAAGUUAGAGAAUGAUUUAAUUGAAAAGGCAGCCGAGAGAGGCUCCAGGGAUGCAUUGUCCACUUUAUCCUUUAUGGCAUUAGAAGGGAAAGGCGAAGGAUGGUCAGAAGAGGACAAAACUACUGCAAAGAGCUACAUAAAAGAAUUAAUGGAAUUGGAACAUCCACUAACGUUCAAGUUAGCAGCCGACAGAGAGUUGAAAGGUUACACAGAUUCUCUUGAGAGAAAAUGCGCAGAGUCUAACGAUACCCCAAACGAUGAUCUUAUACCAACUUUUGAUUUAUCAUUUUCCACUAUAACUGAAUCUCCAAAGCAACUAGGAAGGGCAAUUUCUUUAUACGAACAUUUCUUAUCGUUAGAUUCUCGAUCAACUAUUGCUGCUGCGGCACAUCGUAGUUUAGGUAUGAUAUACUUUAGGACUCAACAACUGGGAAAGUCCAAGGAGCACUUUGAAAAAGCUGUUGAGCUUGCUCCGUCUACAGAUAAUCCUCAGGCGCACUUUUUUCUUGGCCUAUUGAAUGAAACGGACCCAUUAGUAGCAAGAUAUCACUUCCAAAUGGCCGCAUCCGAAGGAUUUAGGGAAUCCUUUGCGAAUCUUGGGUAUUUGGAGCUGAACGUAUUUAACGAUCUAUACAAGUCUCGGGAGUGGUUUGCACUGGGUGCUGAAUUAGGGGUCCCUGAAUGUAUCGUCGGCCUUUUUGAUGUAGCUAUGCGUAAAAAGGACUAUAGAAAAGCCAGAGCAAUAGUAGAGAAAGCAGAGAGACAAGGCGUAAGUAAUCUUCUUAAAGAAGUUAGGAAGGAUAGUGUUGAACUGGCAAUUUCGGAAGCAGACAGAAUUAUUGAGGUUGCAGAAGAACCACAAGCCCGCCAACAAUCUAAUCCCAGGAGAAAAUCUACAAGAUGGGAUCUUUAA